AUGCACCGCCUUCUUCAGCUUCCAGUCCGUCUCGCCGUCCAGCUGGUCCGUUCUGAUGAAGCUGCUGCCGUUGGCCUCCGAGGAGCGCAGCAGUAUCAUGUCCGCUGGAACGCGCUGGUUUUUACUCAACUUCACGAUGGAACCGACGGUGAUCUUUUCCGCAUUUAUCUCCUUGAUGCCUUCGUCAGUCAGUAUCUCAUACUUCUGCGAAUUGGCCUCCCUGUCACGCAGAUAGCGCUUGUAGUCAUCGCAACCCUCCUUGAGCAGCGCCACGAAGAGCACCAGCGCCAACGGCCCGAAGUACGUGAUCGCCGAUUCUACCGCCAGAUCCGGAAUCAACUGCGAGAGACUGAUGAGCAGGUAGAAGAGGUUCAUGAAGACCCUGCGAAGAUUGUCCGAGCAAAACAUGGUAGACCUACUUGA